AGUAGUGCCACAGCAGAUGAGGCUGUCCAUGCAUAGAGGAGGAUAGAGAUGCCAGAGAAGCGCCGGCACAGCAGUGGAAGAAGGUAAAUCAGCCGACAUGCUGCCGAGGAAGAUGGUUAUCGUUGGUCUUCUGUACUGCUGGAUCAGGACAGGGGUCGCACGAUGCCAGAGUAAAGCCUUAUUCCCAGCAGCGAGGAGGACGAAAAGAGCAGCGGACGAACCGAUGAACCCCACUUUCCACAGCUCCUUCAGUGACGUACAUCUAUUAUUUGAGAUCCUGAUGGCCGGGAUACAGUUUGACAGCAGCGGUGCGUUUUCAGUCAAGGACGCCGAGCUGGCUUCUCUCCGCAAGACCAAGAACCUGGACGUCAUUUGCGAGGAGAUAAUUCCCAAGAAGAUAACGGACAUAUUCAGGCUCAUAUCUGACCUUUCAAACUACGCCUGCCGCCUGCGUCAGGAGGAUUUUGAGCGCACCCUGCUGACCCUGGUGUACGCCGCCCAGCAGGUGGCCGGGUCCAGCAGCGAGCACCAAAGAGACGCCUGGGCGCAGUCGUUUGUUCAGUUAUACAAAGCCAUAAAGAAGGAUCUAACGACAGAAUGAGGGAACACUGGUGCUGUUAACCAUAAGGAUCCAUGUUGGAAUU